AUGGAGGAGACCGUGAGUACCAGCUUUCAGACGACGACGGCGACGGCGACGACGACGAGCGCGAACGCGAGCACUCUGCCGGCCCUCGCGCGCUCGUGCGCGACGCGGCCGCGCCCGGCGAAACCCGCUCCCACAAGCGCGCGUCCAGCUCCAGCUCCAGCCCUGAGGACGAAAAGGACGUCGACUCGUCGUCCACGGCGUCCGAGGACGACAAAAUGGACCAUUUCAAGCAUUUCUUCCGCCGCCGCUCCACCGUCCGGCGCCAGUCGCAGGACUCGCGUCCCAGCGGCGGCAUGCGCAGCCUGCGCUCCGCCGGCGACGACGACGCCGACGACCAGGACCAGGGCUUCUUCUCCAAGUUUAUCAACUACACCGGCGGCGGGCUCGUGCCGGGGCUGGAAAACACCGACUCGAAAAACUCCGACGCAGAUCGCGAAAAAGAGUCCGGCCAGCACAACCUCGAGGAACCCGUCGAGGACGCAGACAUCAGGGACUUUGCGCAGCAGAUCGUGCAAUCGCACGCGGCGUCCACGCCGCACGGCGCUCCAGGCGGCCCAGCCCACGACCCUAACCGUCUGGCCCCCAGCGACUCGCUGGCCCUGCCCCAAGCCGAGCUCGAUGGCGCCCCAAGCAUGUCCGACGCAGAGACAGCCGUGCCCUCGUCGCACAACUCUUUUUUCGCGCCAAUGGUGGGCCACUACGACGACAUCGACCAGCAAGAAGAGUUCGACCCUCUCAUGGAGGAUUCUUCCUACAUCGCGCCCCCCUCCAGGGUCAGAGGCGGUGUGCUGGGCUCGCUAUUGA